AUGGUUAACAAGUCUAUGCGGUGCGCUAAUAAGGCCGCUGAGAGCGCGUCCGCACGUCUCUGUGCGGACGCCGAAGCAGAAACCACAGCAACUGAUGUCUCAUCGGUUGCUGAAUCGUCUCAGUCUGUAUCACUUGGUGCUGCAGACGCUGGUCAUGAAGACACUCAUGUCUUCACAGAGUAUGAGCUCGAUGUUUCAUACUCUCCUGAUACGGAAGACGGAUCCGUAUCGACGGCGAUUGAAUCUAAGCCGCCUGCCAAGCGUGGCAUGGACGAUGCUUUGCGUCGCAGCAUCUUUGGUUCAUCUGAUGAAUCAGAUGAACCAUCGCCGAAGCGAAGGCGCUCGAGGUCGCGAGACUCGGGCGCUCACAGUGAUGUUGGUUCUCCUAUUGACACCGAUUCGCAACGAGGUGCCAGUACUUCUGUCUGCACGUCGCAGGAAGAGCGGGAUCGCAGCAUGUUGCGUCUCGCUCCCUAA